CGUCAUCAUCAGUGCUAUUAACUUCUAUUAGUUUUUGCGUAUACAGAUCUCGAUUCAUUUCUCAAAUUUCAGAUCGUAAUCCUAGACCAAUGGCGACAGAAGAACCAAUCGUGGCAACGGAAGAGCCAAUUGUGGCGACAGAGGUGAUCGAUGCGGCUGAGACUGUCGCAGCGGAAGACAAACCUUCCGGUGAAGCAGCUGAAGUACAACCAAAGAAAGCAUUGGCCAAGCGUAAACCUAGAAAUCCUUCUCUGCAUCCUCCUUACUUCGAGAUGAUCAAGGAUGCGAUCGUUACAUUGAAGGAGAAGACUGGUUCGAGCCAGCAAGCGAUCACAAAGUUUAUCGAAGGGAAGCAAAAGAAUCUUCCAGCGAAUUUUAAGAAAAGCUUGUUAACUCAAUUGAAGAAAUUCGUCGCCGCUGGUAAGCUCGUUAAGGUCAAAGCUUCAUACAAGCUAUCGGCUAAAGCUGCUCCGGCGAAGAAGGCGCCUGCUACUAAGCCCAAGGCAGCCGCCAAAACUAAGCCAGCUGUUAAAAAAGCACCAGCAAAGAAAAAGGUCGCCGCCAAGCCUAAGCCGGUUGUCAAGGCUAAAACCAUAGCAAAGCCAAAAGCAGCUGCAAAGCCUAAACCGGCAUCAAAAGCAAAAACAGCCGCCAAGCCUAAGCCGGCCACUAAAGUUGCAGCGAAGCCAGCUGCAAAACCUAAAGCAGUUAAGGCUAAAACAAAAACGCCUACAAAGUCUGCGAAGGUGGCAAAAACGUCGAAGAAAUCCACUCCGGGAAAGAAAUCCGUUGCAGCUCCGAGGAAGGCAGCGACGGCGACGAGGAAGGCGAAGAAGUAGAUCUGAAUUAUUGUGUAGGGUGUAUGCCUGUGAAAAAAUGUGUAGUUGAGGGUGUGUAUGGUAUUUUUCCAAACGUAUUGAAUAAAAAAUCAGACUAAAUUACAUAA